UCUCGGAGAUGGAAUAGGCCUAAUAGAGUAAUAGGUAAACUUAAUCCUCUGCUCUUAAUCAGAAACGCUCCAAUAAUCUUCUCACUAAUGUGAUAUAUGAUCAUUUUUCGUUCAUAUCAUCUUCCAAUAUCAGUUUGAGUUUCUAUAGUGUGUAAAAAACACAACAGUACCCUUUAAUGACGGAUAUUAAUUUUCGACAUAGAUAAGGUUGUUUGAGAUAUCUCAAGCACUCUAUGCAACAAUAUCAGAAUCGGAUAACCUCUCUGGUCUGAUCCCAACUCUUUGGUGAUCUGGUCAAUUUGUACAAAUAAGUUACUUGCAGCAGCAAACUGUUGUUUAAUUUAUUCUUUAGUUUCAUUUAACUUUUUACUGUAGGUAUUCAAAUAAAUUAAGUGUUAAUAAAUUGUGCUAUUCAAUUAUAAAUAUGGGUGAUAUGAGAAACAAGGAUUAUUUGAAAACUGGAAUAAAUGCUAUUCUACUGGGCCCACCAGGUUGCGGAAAAGGCACUCAGGCCCCACUUUUGAAAAAUAGGUUUGCUGUGUGUCACUUAUCUACUGGUGAUAUGCUUCGAGCCGAAGUCAGCUCAGGAUCUGCUUUCGGAAAAGAAUUGAAACAAAAAAUGGAUACAGGAACUCUAAUCAGUGAUGAGAUAGUAGUCGACUUGAUUAGGAGAAACAUAGACCGUCCCGAAUGUGAGAAUGGAUUUCUAUUGGACGGCUUUCCAAGAACUGUCAGGCAGGCACAAAAGCUAGAUGAACUGCUUGAAAAAAGGAACACCCAACUAGAUUCCGUUGUGGAGUUCCAAAUCGAUGACAGCCUCUUGAUCAAGCGCAUAACUGGUAGAUUGGUUCAUCCUGCCAGUGGACGCUCCUACCAUGAAGAAUUUCGUCCUCCUAAGAAGCACAUGACGGAUGAUAUUACUGGAGAGCCGUUAAUAAAAAGAUCUGAUGAUAAUGCUGAAGCUUUGAAAAGUAGAUUGCAGUCUUAUCACAGAGACACAAAGCCACUGACUGAAUACUACGCAAAACAAGGAUUACAUGUCUCUGUGAACGCCUCUCUUCCUCCUUCAGAAGUAUUCAAAAGAAUUGAGAAAAUAUUCCUGAGCUGCACUCAGUCGUACAAAAAAGGCAGACUCGCUCUGUAAAUGUCAUCUUAUAUCCAGUCUAGUAUGGUGCAGUGAUUGAAAUGAUUCAGCAUAUAUUAUUAUGGGUGAACAAGGUUUAAUUUUUUAUUGUGGGCACUGUAUUAUGGAACCAGUCAAGAAUAUUGUACUGACAGUUUAUUUUAUCUAACAGGAAGCAUUUUUUCCACGUCAUGUAGAAAGCAUACCAUAUAGUUCUCUUCAAAUGUAAUACUUACCAAUUUUAUUUUGUAGCUCCUGAAUCGAUUCCAUCUACAUAAAUAUUCCUAUUGUCCUAGGAAUUAUUUUUUGUCAUUAUGCACUAAUAAAAUGUAGGAUUCAAACAAGUUUUGAAGGAGUGUCAACGUAAUGCCAUUCCAUAAAAUAAUUAAUAUCUGGUUGAUGAUUAUAGUGGAACAUAAUAAAGAGUAUAUAUCAUGUUGAA